AUUUUCGUUUAUACUACCGUAAUUAACAGUAGGCUAUAAAAGGGAAUAUAACUUGAUUGAUAUCUGAAUAUUUGAAUUUGCCGCGCAUUUAGAAUUGAAAAAUUCACAGCUUUUGCUUUUUUGGAUAAAAUUUCUUUUAUAAAAAUAUCAAAUCUAAAAAUAUAGCUGAAAUAUAAUUUCCUUUAUUAUAAUAUAGGGUAGUAUUUGUAUCAAAUAAGGUUUAUGUUGGCUAUGCUGUACAGAACGGAAUUAACAUUUUGCAUCUGCAUCGGCCAUUUUGUCGUCGUUCUUCGUUGCUGAAGUUCUCUCGUAACGUCGUAACUAAACUUGUCGCAAUGGGUCAUCAAAAUAUCUGGUAUUCUCACCCCAGGAAAUACGGACAGGGAUCUCGAUCGUGCCGCGCUUGCGCCAACGGACAUGGUCUGAUUAGGAAAUACAGUUUGAACCUCUGCCGUCAGUGCUUCAGGGAAUAUGCCUCCGAAAUUGGAUUCAAGAAGUUGGAUUAAUUGUACGGCCAUUCCAUGAAAACUGAUUCAUUUUAUAUCACCAAACUUAAUGAUGUUUUAAAAUAAAAAAGUUUUCAUUAAAUAAUUAUUUUUUUU